GAUAUUGGGGGUCAGCACUCACCGCCGAGAACAGGUCUGUUUCUGGUUAUGGGGUCACUGACCUAUUCCCCAGUUGAGGCUAUCCAAAUGAUAAAGCAGUCGGAACGAUUCACCGUAGACUCUCAGAAUAUUAAGAUUCAAUCAUAUUUGUACCUAUGGCCAACAAAAAAGAUACUUGCGCCAUCAGGGACCUUUACACCAUUAAUGCGAGGGAAUAUUAGUCUAUUAGUAGGACUUCAAGUGAGUUGAAACGAAUUACUAAUGGGGUGAUCGACCAUGUUAAGAUGGGUAUUUCGGUGACCGCCUCUUAAGAUUUCGGAGUGGACGACUCACCAAGAAGGACCCGCGCGCUUUGUAAACCCUCACGCUUGUUUGGGUGGCGCUUGGGUUCGGUUCUUUUCGCCCUUUCGCUUUUUCUUUGUCAAUUUGGAGCUAACAUGCGCUAGGGUUUAGUUUACGAUGCUUUCCGCUGCAGGGAUUGGGGAGAAUCGUAUCGGAAGAUAGUUGUAAGAUUAGAUCGCGUUGUGGGAAGUCGUUUAGGGGCGCCGAUUGCCUUCCGAAGGAAUCCCACCGUGGUUUCUGCCCAAUUGUGGAGAUGGGGUCUUGACUAUUCAGAUGGUUGGAGAGGGUGAGGAAGGGAAAGGAAUUUGAGGCCGGAGGGUGACCGGGAUCUGGUGCCGGCAUCAGGAGAAGUGUAGGCCGGACGAGAAUUGGUAGGAAAUAUGGUGGAUGUGUUGGAGGCAAUGGGCUUUCCGAAACAAUGGUGUGAGCUAGCGCUGCGUAGUAGCAGUGGGAUUGAGCCGGCUGUGGAAUUGUUGUUGCAAUGGCAAGCAGAUGGAGGUGCACCUCCUGCUGUUUCAGAGAGUCCAUCUACGUUGUUCUCAUUAUUGCCUUCACUACGUCAGCCUGUGAGUGUAGCCGCUGUUUCUACUGCUCCGAAACCCGUAACUCCAGCAGCAGGAUUGGACGCAGUAGUCCCGGAUGCAGGCGGUGUUGGGCAAAUUCCCUCGCCCUAUUCGGGAAGACGGUUGAAGGUUCAGGAUGAAGACUCGGAGAAAAGUAGAGCUCGGAAGCAUGCGGUGGAAGGCAAAGCCAAUGGUCGUAGGCGCAGCCAGGUUGCUGUUGCACCAGCGUUUGCUUCUGGCUCAAGUUCCCGUGCUGACCAGCGUGCGGCUCCUGUAGAGCUUCAUAUUCGUUGCCCAGGGUAUCCAACCAUGACAGGGACUUUUAGUGCAGGUUCCACUCUCAAGGAGGUACGAGAUUUUGUUCUGAACGAGUUGCAGACCCAGCAACUGCGACAACCAGUGGAAAGGCCAUCAUCACUGGUGACUAACCGUCAGUCGAGGACACCUCGGUCGAGUGCCAAUGCUGCAUUUCCAUUUCCCGACAGGGCUUCUAAAAGGACUGGAAAGACAUCGAGAUAUGCUGAUCCCACUUCAAGCGCAACCGCUCCUCUCAACCUUACCGCUAGAAAUCUGUACUUUUUGAUUCCUUUCCCUCGAGAAGUGUUUGAUACAGAAGCAUCGAUGGCGACAACAUUGUGCGAUGCAAAUCUUUUUCCUCGAGGAAUCCUUACUGCACAGUUCCUAAUUAAACCAAACUCUUCAACGUCAGAGAACGUUAUCAAUCCUCAUGAAAUUAGUGAACCUCUUGGAGAGAGUGUACAUUCCAGACAUGCGCAUGUGUCUGCUUCUCAACCCUUACGAGAUAACGAUUUUUCUCAAUAUGUUGAGGACGUGACAAAGCGUGAACAGCAACUCAAAGCCACUCUUGACAGUUUUAGUAGUAAACAAGAGUCUGAAAGAGAAACUAGUGAAACUUUAGAUACUGGUAUUGCGGCGGCAACCGUGCUAGCACCAAUAGUUACACCUUCUGUGGAAGCUACUUCCACUUCUGUAGCCUGUACUGGGGAGGAGAGAAGUCUGGAGGUGGAUGGAGAGCGUGUUCGGCAUCGUGAGUUGGCUCUACAAGCAGCGGCAAAAAGAAUGACUGAAGCAGCCCAAAUGUUUCGUGAGGGUUUCAUACCGGAUGAAGGAGAACUUGGAGGUUAUUUUUCUACACCUUCAGAUGUACCGCCAGUGUCUGCAAGGACCGGCGAUGGUGAAACAAGAUUUGCGCCCAGGGAUCGAGAUUCUAAAGGCAAGCAAGUAGCAGAUUGUGGUCCUAGUCAGCCAACUGAAUUGCGGGUGCAGAAUUUACGAAACAAUUUUGUUGGCUUUAGAGGACGGGCCUCUCGAGCGCGCUUGCCUCUGCCAUUUUCUUCAUCACGGCCAGAAAAGUUGCAACGCAUUGGGGAAUUAUCAAAUGAUAUCUCCGCGGGAGGAAAUCCCACAUCUAUUUUUGCAAGUGGAAAUGCAAUAGAUCGUGUUGUUCGGAGAGGGGAAGUUCAAGAAACAUCGCCGCUCGCAAGGUGGCAUGGAGGAUCCCCUGGUAAUGGAAGCCCGUCAAUUAGUGAGUUAAGAAUAUGGUUGGAAGAUGGGAGCGUACUACGGCACACAUUUCCUGCAUACACCACUCUGCAAUCGGUUUGCGAAUUUGCUAUUCCAGGGAGGUUUUCAGUAGCUGAAUAUGGCCUUACACUUCCAAUUCCAGGAUCUCAGUUUUUUGAAGGAGAAGCUUUGACUUUGACUUUACAAGAAGGUACAUCUUUCAUCAUCGCCGAAGAGGUAGGGUCUUGUAUUCAAUGUUUGUUGGAGCAUUCUAUCCUUAGGCGGUGUCUCAAUAUGCAAAUUUGGAUGGGCAUUGCAGUGGGACUUGUCCCUCGGGGCGUGGUACACUUGCAGAAGGUAGGAAGCAGAGGUUUAGUGACUCAAGACAGGCGUCGGGCACGGCGCAUGAUGAGAUACCUUCAGAGUGACAAUGAACCUGAGCUUGAAUUAGAACAGUUAUGGCAAGAGUUUAGCCGGCACAUGAACACCAAUCUCUCUUACGAAGAGUUGGUUGAACUUGAAGGCAGCAUUGGUCGAGUGAACGUCGGAGUCCCAGAGUCAACAAUUGCAAAUCUGCCUACACACACCGUUUCUCGGAGUGCUGGAGAUAUCUGUAUUGUGUGCUUGUCGGAGAUGGUAGAAGGUGAGGAAGUGAUGGUGCUACCAUGCGUUCAUUCCUUUCAUCUUGCUUGUAUACGUCAAUGGCUGCUGCAGUCCACUUGCUGCCCAACAUGCAAACACUAUAUCUCGUAGCAAGUCGGGAGAUGUUGAAAGCAGAAGGCUUACUUGAAAAUGCAAGACAUUAUGAGAAAAAUGUUGAUAUGCGGAUUUUUUUUGGUGAUGUGUAUCACCAUAAACCAGAAAGAUUGUACAGAACUUUUGAAAGGAAUUGAAGCUGGAAUUUUGGACACAUCUGCUAAAUCAGGGUUUGUCCUCCUGAAUCUUA